UUUUUUGCUCACUACGGCUUGAACCGAGAUACCACUCCCACCCAGAAUCGGCAAACUUGACCAUCGCGUGAAACAAGAAUCUGACAAUGGCCUCCGCUGCUCUCAUCUCCACAUCCGACGACCUCAGCUGCCGCGCCGCCUCGCGCGUAAUCCGGAGCACGCUAGAGGACGUUGAGAUCCGCGCGCUCGAGAGCAAGCUGCAGCUUCUAGACACGCAGCGCCAGCUCAGCGCGCUGCGCUGCCAGUCCUUCAUCCAUAUGCUCGAGUCGUCCCUUGGGAGUGCCGACGACAACGACGAAACCAGCGACAGCGAUCGGCUUUCUCGCCGCUCGUCGCGCCGGUCUUUGGAUCUGAGCGCAUCGCGUCGCAGCACGUGGGAGGAGGACCUCUCCUUCUACAGCUGCCCCUCCGCCUCCUCCCGCCGCCUCCGCUCCACCCGCUCCCAUGGCGCGUCGCCGCGCCACCACUCCAAGUCGCUCCGCCGCCACUCGAGCCUCAACUGCGAGCUCUUCUGAACAACGACCCGCCAUUUGAUUCUGAACCUCACGGAGGACAAAGGUCGUCUGAACAAUUGAUUCUGAACAACGACCCGCCAUUCUGAACUUUUGAGCAGCGCUGUCAGCCUGCUCCCUUUUCGGCCUGCAGAGGCCGCCUUAUAAUGAUGCCUGCGCGCGGCUAAGCGGCCGCGUCUGCGCGUCAGCACUCUCACCGUGGUCUCAGCGCUCAACCUCCAACGGCUCGGAGUAAUUUGUCCGCCCUUUUGUGGAACACGAGCGGGGUUGAGGUCGACCCAAGAGUCUUUUUUCUCCCCGCUCAGCGUCGCGCGAUGCUUUUUCGGCCGUGUCAGUUUAUUCGCGGCGAUGAAUAUUGAGAUGGACGGACCCGGAACUCUUGACUCGGCCACAAGCUGAGAACCAAGAGCGAGACUUCUAAGCAGUAGCACCCUCUGCGAAGCCACAGCUGCUAGCCGCCACGGCUACCACCAACAGCCCACAGCCGCUUGCUCUCCGUCUCCCGUUUUUUGGGGCGUCUUCGCCCUUUUCCUGGGAGGCAUGAGCUAAGGCGUGGCAGGUCAUGUGUACAGCCUCAUUAUUUUUAUGGUGGAGAUGUAUAUCCACUUUAAUGUGAAUUUUGUUACCAAUAUG